AUGGACGCACUCCCACUACUGCAUGCUGCACUCACGGGACAUAAUAAUAUUGUCAAGUCACUCCUGAGUACCGGGAUACCUGACCCGAACUGUCGGGAUGCAGGUGGUAAGACGCCGCUCGCGCAGGUCUCGUAUCAUGGCCACGAUGAGAUUGUCGGGCUACUACUUGCGAACGAUGAGGUCGAUCCUGAUAUGCAGGACAACCAUGGCAAGACAUCACUGGCUCUUGCCUGCCAGGGAGGCCAUGAAAGCAUUGUUGCACUACUGCUCAAGACCGGCAAAGUGAACCCAAAUUCAGAGGACCACUAUGGCACAAAGCCGCUUACACAUGCCAUGGAGUUUGGAAACGAGGGCAUCAUUAAACUCAUUUCGGAUGCCAUUAACAGUCGGGACAGUGAAAGUAGUCCGAAUACCUCUUCUAGAUCUUCACUACAACUAGACGCAGCGUCUGAGUUCCAGCCAGCGAUUGACGCGUCCAUGAAUAAGGUGUGCAGCUCAAUCUGGCAUGCCAGAUGGAGGGGGAAGACCGAUCCCCAUUCGAUCGGAGGCACCAUCUGGGCCCGCAGCAAGUGGAUUCGCUUGGCCGACGACAUCGACACACUGGCUGAGGUCAUCAUCUGCGGUGAAUUGCUGACUCAUCUUCACUGA